CACCUGGAGAUAUACCCCCAUCUAAAUCAUUUUGAGACACGCUUAUUACUGGUAAUUCAUCUGUUACUCCGCCACUGGUGACAUAUGAAGAGCUAGUUGCUGCAAAUCCAGAGUCUCCGAUGAUAGAUGAUGGAGCAGAACCAUCGCAAACAAAGGUCCCUAAAGUCAGGAUUCCCAAAUCUAUUUGGCAGCGGCUAUGUGCCCCAUGUAAGAACGCAGUAAUAAUAAAGCUUUUGGGAAAAUCCAUCAAUUUCCAUGUUCUUCAUUCCAGAUUACUCAAAGAAUGGCGAACGGAGCAUGAGUUUGAGGAGCCAAGUUUUCACCCAGCUACAUCAAAAGCCCCCAAAACUGCUGUGUGGGUUAAGUUUCAUGGUGUGCCCAGGACCAGAGAGAAGUUUGCCCGUGUUUGCAUUGAAGUGGAUCUCAGUCAACAAUUGCCAUCCUCAGUGGACUUAGAUUUGGAGGAUUUGCCCCAAAUUCUCAUUCCAGUUGAAUAUGAAAGUCUACAUAAGAUCUGCUUCCACUAUGGUGAGUUUGGGCACACGGAGGACUCCUGCCGUUACAAGAAUCCUGAGAAGUUAGCAAUUUUUGGAAACCCAAGCACUCAAGCCAUGAUAGAGCUCACUCAAGUUUUGAAGCUAGAAAUGGUGGAGAAUAAUAUGGGUUUUGGCCCAUGGAUGGUGCAGCAGCCUGUCACAAAAGCAGGAAUCUUGGCAAAAACUGUGGUAGUUACUAAACAUGAUAGGCGUUGUGAGGAGUCUAAUUCGCAGCAAAACCGGUUCGAGGUAUUUGCGAAGGUGAUGGAUAAGGAAACGGAUCUUUUACAUGCCCUUAAUGGUCUGCACGUUUUGGCAGGAGAAUCUUCAAAAGUAAACGAGGUUGUGGCACCCAUGGACGUAGCUCCCAGCCCAAUUCCUGAAGCCUAUAAAACUACACAAACCCAAAACUGUUCCCAACAAACAGUGGGACCAACUCCUCCUCCAGCUCCAUCAACAAUGUUUGUCAAGCCCAAUGCCAAACCAUCCAAGAGGAAAGGUAAGACUUUAGGCCCAAUACCUAAAGACACCAAAAUCUCCACUCAUAAACCUUAUGAAUUGCCUCCUGCACUCAAGAAACAUUUACCUCACACGACACAAUGCUGCCUUCAAUCCAAUCAACCGUACAAAGCUCAUCAGGCAAUUCUGUCUUGUUGGUCUCUCAUCCAUCCAUGUCUUCAUCACUUAUGCCAUGUUUUAUUAGCCCCUUCGCAAUCUAGUGCCCAAGCUGCAGUCCCUGUUUCGACUCUUUCUGAAAUAGUUGCAACACAUCCUCAACAAAUCACUACUCCAUCAGAGUCCUCUCUUUUAUCGCAGCAUGUCGGUCAAGUGCACAUUCUGGCUGUUUCUCCAACCACAGCCCUCCCAUCCUCAGUCUAUUCCCAAUGAAAGUUGUCACUUGGAAUAGCAGAGGGGUCAAGAAUGGCCCUUUUUGAAGAGAAUGUAAAGAGCUCAUUAUGAUGCACUAUCCUGAUAUAAUUUGUUUUCUUGAUACUAAAGCAGAUUCAUUUAC